AUGGUUGCCGAUGACAAGCCCGCGUCGACUUUCAAGUACGACCAACAGCCAGUCUACACCACUUCCAAUGGCGCCCCCGUUGACAACCCCUCCAAGUGGCAGCGCGUGGGCACACAAGGCCCUCUCCUGCUUCAGGACUUCCACUUGAUCGAUCUGCUCGCUCACUUCGACCGUGAGCGUAUUCCGGAGCGCGUCGUCCACGCCAAGGGCGCUGGCGCAUAUGGAGAGUUCGAAGUCACUGAUGAUAUCAGCGAUAUCACAACCGUCGACAUGCUGAAUGGCGUCGGCAAGAAGACUCGUUGUGUCGCUCGCUUUUCCACGGUCGGUGGCGAGAAGGGUUCACCAGAUACUGCUAGAGACCCAAGAGGUUUCUCAGUGAAGUUCUACACAGAGGAGGGCAACUGGGACUGGGUGUACAACAAUACACCAGUCUUUUUCCUGCGAGACCCCACAAACUUCCCCCUGUUUAUCCACACUCAAAAGCGUAACCCUCAGACGAAUCUGAAAGACGCAACCAUGUUCUGGGACUACCUUUCCACACACCAGGAGUGCAUUCACCAGGUAAUGCAGCUGUUCUCGGAUCGUGGCACGCCCGAUGGAUACCGCCACAUGAACGGUUACUCUGGCCACACUCACAAGUUCAUCAAGCCUGAUGGCUCCUUCGUCUACGUCCAGAUCCACCUCAAGACAGACCAAGGGAUUAAGACCCUCACGAAUGACGAGGCAGGCAAGCUAGCUUCCGAGAAUCCAGAUUAUGCCACUCAAGAUCUGUUCGAGGCCAUUCAGAGAGGCGAGUACCCAUCAUGGACAGUUUAUGUCCAGGUUCUCACUCCGGAGGAGGCCGAGAAAUUCAAAUGGAACAUCUUCGACCUGACCAAGGUCUGGCCACAGAAGGAGGUUCCUCUCCGACGAUUCGGCAAGUUCACACUUAACAAGAACGUCGAGAACUACUUCGCCGAGAUCGAGCAGGUCGCCUUUUCUCCCUCCCACUUGGUACCCGGCGUCGAGCCAUCUGCAGAUCCUGUCCUCCAGUCGCGUUUGUUCUCGUACCCGGAUACCCACAGACACCGACUUGGCGUCAACUACCAACAGAUCCCCGUCAACGCUCCUCUGAAGGCCUUCAACCCUUACCAGCGGGACGGUGCCAUGGCAAUCAACGGCAACUACGGCGCCAACCCCAACUACCCCAGCAGCUACCGCCCCCUGACGCACAAGCCCGUCCAGGCCACCAACCCCCACGAGCAGUGGGCCGGUGCCGCCGUGACCGACCUGUUUGGCGAGAUCAAGCCUGAAGACUACGAACAAGCUACUGCCCUGUGGAAUGUCCUCGGCAAGCAGCCAGGCCAGCAAGAGAACUUCGUCAACAACGUGGCUGGCCACUUGGCCGCUGCGCACGUCGACACGCGUAACCGCACAUAUGAGAUGUUCUCUAGGGUGGACUCCAAGCUCGGGGCCGCCAUCAAGGAGUCGACCGAGAAGAAUGCUUCUUCAUAG